GUUUACCCUUCCAUCCUACCUCAUCCGUGUAUUUAUCUUAUUUCCAUCUCCAUCACGUUUCUUGUACGUAUACCUGGCGAAGUGGCUCUGUACUUUAAUCAUCAGACGAGCACCCCUCAAGCAAGAUAUGCAAUAAAAAACUACCUCUGAACUAGUACGUUUCCGACCGACUGCAUUUUACCGGCAGUGAUAACGACACUUAAAAAAUCAUUAAUCUUGCCUUUAUAAACUUCAAUAUACAAACCAAAGAUGUCGACCGAGGAAGUGGAAAUGGAGAAGAAAGUCGAUCUUGCCAAUGGCGCGGAGUUACAUCAAAAUGGAGAAAAGAACGCACACACGGCAGAAAAUGGUGACUUACCCCCUGUCGAAGUCAAAGAUACGAUUGAUAAAACUGGACAGAAUGGAGUUAAAUCUCAUGAACCUUUCGAGGCCACACCCCUGUACAAGAAACAGGCCCCAUCUAGCGGAUUCCGUUGGGACGUAAUAGGAUGGUUGAUAGGCAUCGUAUUCGUCACCGCCCUAUUGCUUGCCAUGAUGUUCAUAGGGAACUCCAGGGGCUGGGAUGCCGAUGCUGGCUACUACCACAACGAGAGUGAGUCAUCACAGGAACGCUUCUUGCCAGAACCUUACAUCGAAGAACCUGGCGUUCCAGGAAGAUAUGGAUCUGGAGCCUCGGCAAGAUGGUACUACUGGCAGAUACCUCCUGAAGAAGUCACAGCUUUGACCAGAGGCAUCAUGUGGCUAUGUUAUGUGACCCAUCAGUUAUUUGUAUGGGGCUGCAUCUACUAUGCGCAAAGGUCUAAGACGGUCUAUCCCAAUCCUCUAGAUGCUAAGUACUCCACCGACAUGAAGAAUUUUAAUUGGAUACCACUGAUAGGCAACAUGGUGUUCCAUCUCUUUCAUCUGGGACAGACCCAUUGGACGUACGACGCUCUUGCCCAGGACGUGUCAGAAGCUAGCUCUCAAGGGUCUGUUAUAAUGCUGCUUGUGUUCGUCUUGAUGAUAGAGUACCGAAAUCGUGGGAUGGCAUUUGGUUGGCCUUCCAAAGAUGACACCAACAACAUCAGCAACAAGCUCCGGCUUCCUUGGGGUCCACAGGAACUCAUACGUCGUUACCAUGGAUAUGCUUUCUCCUGGGCGGCCAUCUACACAUUCUGGUAUCAUCCUAUGGAGAACACAGUCGGUCAUGCCCUAGGGUUCACACAUACCUGGUUGUUCAUGCUUCAGGGAAGUCUCAUGUAUACGCAGUUCCAUCUUAACCGAUACUGGCGUCUUCUCCUUGAAGCAUGGGUCAUAAUCCAUGGUUCUGUGGUCGCUUGGCAAACCGGAGGUCCAGCUCUGAAUGGCACAUCGCUGUAUCCAAUGUUCAUGUUUGGUUUCCUGUGGAUCUUCACAAUGACCCAACUCUUUGGUCUUCCCAUCUUCAAAUACAUUCCCCGUCUGCUUUGGUUUCUUCCAUUCGUCGCCUAUAUGGCCGUGGGGAUCUACGUCUAUGGUUGGGUCUUUUUUGACAAAGAAGGUCGCUACUGGAUUCGCAUGAAUGAGAUGAUCCGCAUCCCUGCAACGGAGUACCUUUGCGUAAUCAUCGCUUGGCUUGUCAUGUGGUUCUUCCUCUGGAUUGAAAAGAAAGUGAAAGCAGACAGGAUCAACGAGCCUUUCCAACCACCUAGUAUAGUCAAAGAGAUCAUGCACCUUUCAGGGGUAGUCUUCACCUACGCAAUCAUGGUCACAGUCGCCAUUCUCAUCCAAGCCUUGGAUGUCAAAAUGGACUUGAUAGCCCUCAUGGUCAUAUUCGUCAUCAUUUUCACGGUCGGUGUUGCCGUGACUUGUAUGUUGCUUAAACAAAUCAUGCCACCUUAUGCCGGGGACUUGACAGACACAAGCAACAAUUCAAGAGUUUCUCCUACGUUUGACAACCCUGGUUUCAAAGUGGAUGAGAAGAAGUUUUGAGAUAACCUGUGACACAAUUUAUAGACUCAUGUUCAAGUUUGCAAUUGCUAUAUUUCUUUUCAUCAUACUGUGUUCAAGAUUAGAAUCAAUCAUACCAGACAUCGAUCUGAACAAUUUCAUUUUUUAUAUUUUAUUGACCAACCUCGACAAGAAAGAACUAUCCGAAAGUCGGUUUAUUGGCCAUUGGCAAAGGUCAAUUAGAUUUUGUAUGUAAAUAGCAGGCAAUAGACACCAAUAUGUUACAAAUUGACUUGCUCACUCUGAUCAUUUGCCUUUGUAAUGUAUUAAUUUCAAAUUCGCUCUGUACACGUCUGAAUGGUACAUCAUGGACUGCCUUAUAGCUGGAGACACAAUCAUGGGUGUCGAUUACGCCAUCCCCCCACCUGAAAUGCGGAGGUAUAUCCCCCACCCCGUGAUCGAUACCCUAUUUGAAUGGAUGAUAACACAGGCCAUCCCUUACCUGAAUCAAUGGGGGCGAUAUGUAUAUACCCCACCCCCUCCCCGGAUCGACACCAAUGUUGCAUAAUGUUGUUCUGAGUAGAGUCGUGUGAUAAAAUAUUGCCCUAGUCUCUACACUGAGCAAAACUGUACUUAUGUCUCUCUCAAUGCUUUUCCAUAAUAAAUUAUGAUAGUAUUAUUCAAUCCUAAUCGCUGUUUAUGAUGACAAAAUACCUCAUUAGAUGACAGGAAUGUAUUUUAGACACAUUUUAUUGAUUGAUUCGGUUAUGGCGAUCUUGGUAAAUACGACGAUGCCGGUGUAUUGUUUGUAAUAAUCAUUGUCUUUACGUCAGGUUUUGACCGAUGUUGCGCUUUUUGUUGAUGAAGUGAUUAUUUAGCCUUAUUUUUCUAUUAUUUAAAUACUACUUCAUGAAAAAUGUGCAAAUAUGAUCACAAUUGUGUUUUGGUUGACAUUACACUAAUUGUCUUUCAUGAUAGUCUUGCUACAAUAUUUUUAUCAAUUUGAAAAUGUAUAUAUUUAAUUUAAGAUGAUAAUAUUAAACAAAGAGUCAUUAUUAUA